GAACGGUCGUUUGCGUAUCACCGUUCGCUUCAGCAGUGUUGAAAAAAAGUGUUAAUUUUUUAAGUUUAGUUUAACUUCAAGUGUUCUCAGCAAAAUGAGGCCACAGCAGAAUGGAGAUGAUGGCUUUGAUGAGCCCGAGGUUCACCGCAAAAUCUUUAUCGGUGGGUUGAACUAUCGCACCACCGACGAGUCUCUAAAAUCCCAUUUUGAGAAAUGGGGAGAAAUCGUCGAUGUUGUCGUCAUGAAGGACCCGAAAACCAAGAGAUCCCGUGGGUUCGGCUUCAUCACUUAUUCCAAGGCACACAUGGUGGAUGAUGCCCAGAACAACAGGCCGCAUCGCAUUGACGGACGUGUUGUCGAAACUAAGCGCGCGGUUGCCAGACAAGACAUUAAAAACCCUGAGGCUGGUGCCACAGUGAAGAAACUGUUUAUUGGUGGCAUCAAGGAUGACCAUGAUGAAGAGCAGCUUAGGGAAUACUUCUCGAACUACGGCCAAGUUCAGAGCGUCAGUGUGGUCACGGACAAGGCGACCGGCAAGAAGAGGGGAUUCGGAUUCGUUGAAUUCGAUGACUACGACCCUGUUGACAAAGUUUGUUUGAAUGCCCCCCACAAGAUCAAUGGAAAGCCAUUGGAUGUCAAGAAAGCUCUCCCUAAGGAUGGUUCUGAACAGAGGGGAGGAAGACAAGGCCAAGGCAGAAAUGAUAGCUGGGGCAACCAGGGUGGCUAUGGAAACAACCAGGGCGGUUGGGGCAACAACUCAAACCCAUGGGAUAAUAACCAAGGGGGUGGAGGAGGCUGGGGUGGUAACCAAGGGGGUGGUUACGGGGGUGGCGGCGGCGGCAACAGCCGCGGAGGAUGGGGGGGUGGUAACCAAGAGUUUGGCAACUAUGGCCAACAGAGCUACAGCGGGGGUCCGACUAGGAACCAGCAAUAUGGGGGCAACAACCGCGCCCAGCCCUACAGCAUGAACCAGGGUGGCGGCGGUGGCGGUGGUGGCGGCGGCUACGGUGGCGGUAGCUAUGGCGGCGGCAGCCAGGGCGGCAACCGAGGUGGCGGCGGAAGAUUCUAAACAACGUUUCGUGCUAAGUACACUAGUAAAGCAGAGUUAUCCGAGCUAGUGUAGGCAGUACGCUCCGGAGCACUAGUUACACACCUCAUGGUCCGCCCGCGAGACCACCUAGGAGACGCCGUCAGGAUACCAUAGAUGUAGCUGGAGCUCUUGACUCUUAGUAAAAUAUUCAUAGUAUUUUUUAAA